UGUCUUGCGCGAUCUUUAUUUUUUCGAGAUCUAAAUAUAAUUUUUUACAUAAAAAUAACUAAUGCAGGUAAAAUGCCGCAGUGCGUUGCACGCUUAAAAUUACGCGCGUUAUUUUCUAGUUAGGAACCUGCUUGCUUAAUUCAAUUAUUGGUUGCUUCAUCUAUGUUAAUUUGUAACUUGCUAGAUUCUUAUAGGCCGCUUUUGAAUUAAAAUUAGCGGCGCUAAGUGUUGGAACACUAGUCUUUCGGAACAGGGGAAGUGUUCUGUAAAUAAUGGCAGUUCAAAAUAAAGUUUUAUAUGCGUUCCGCGGCUGGAUAGCAUUCGUGGCGUUCAUGGACUUAGGAACCGCCGGAAGAUCGUACAUCGAGAAGAGGUCUUUCCUUAGCAAUAACCCUGAAAAUGAUCAAUUCGACUGUACAAUAUCCAGGAUGCUGGGGAUGUUUUCAGUGCUAAAAGCUUUAGCCCUGAUACAUUGCACCUUGUACAUUCAUUACAGGCCGGUGGUGUCCAUGGGCUACUGGUCGCUUGUGCUCACCAUAAUAUUAUACUUCUCAGAGGCGUUCUAUUUCCAUUCCACUACAUUAAACUUUUACGUCGUGUUCCCCUGCGUCCUGAAUAUUCUCACCCUUUUGGGUUUAAUAUAUUUACCGACCAAAAUAAAAUUAUGGGGCACGGUGCCAGGCACGUCGGGCAUGGAGAGAGAAGUGGACGAUGAAAAUGCUCAAAUUCUCCGGCAAAUGGGCAAUUUUAGGCGACGGAAAGCUGGCAACACAAAGAACAAGCACGUUUGAUUUUCGAACUGCCGCGCAAUUUUAGGCUGUGUGAUGUGCACUUGAUAGGUUAAGGGUGACGUUUGUUAUCUGGGUUGCCAAUUAUCAAUUGAUUGUCUAGUUUUUGGGAUAUUAAGUUAUUAUUAUGAUUAUUUAACUUUGGCAUAUUUUAUUAUUUUGAUUUCCUUAGUUUAGUAUAAAGUGAAAAUUCUCAAAUUUCAUCUUAUAGCUUUUUUUUGAAUCCUGACAAGACGUAUCUUUCUCGCGUGUAUUCAUUUAGUGUUGUAGUCAUAUUUGUCUUAUUUCUAUGUUCAAAUAACCUUUUGCUCAACAAAUUUGUUAGAAUCUAUCAUAGCCUUUAAAUAUGUUGCAAUUAGCAAUAUUUUAGGUAGACUAUAUUUUUAAAUAUUAUCGAAAGACUAAGUAUAGAUGCCAUGACGUUUUAAAUUGUAGUAUAUUUAUUUUAUGAGUGAUACAAUUCUAACAAAUUAUUUAAAAUUGUCUGACUAUUAUUUACUUGAUUCAAACUAUUUUAAAAUACAAUUAAUUUCGACCAACGAACGUAUGUUAAAAUAGUAAUGUAAUGUACUCUUCUUAAAUCUUUUUUUCGUUGAAUAUAUUUAAGCCACGACCAAGAUAAUUAAGUUAGCAUGAAAUAGCUUGAUAUGUAUUUAGGAUAAUACGAAAUUCGCGUAUUUAAUAGCAUAAAUCGACAACUAUGCUAUACUGCACAUAACUUAAUAUAAAAGAGGUUAGAAAAAUAGUUCCUGAUUUGUAUGGGAUCACGUGUCUCCGGUUUUCUACCAUUAUUUAACUCCAAAGCCGACGAGCGGCUGUAUCGCAAUGAACGCACUACAAUGCGCGAUUGCUCACCCAUUCCAAGACGAUGCCCUUGCAUUGCUAGCAAUGUAUGCCUCAUUGAGUCAUUAUUUUUUCAAUAUAUAAGAUUGCUCACAAGGCCCUUCUGACCUCUUUUAUCGGUUCUAUGCUAGGCUAUAUGCACGUUCUAGCAAGAGUGACAAGGACAACACUAUUUUUCGCAUGACACAUUAACGCUUUAAUGACACAUGACACAUUAAGCAAUUUGAUAAUUGUUGAAUAUAUAUCGACCGAAACUUUUAAGACUAUUCGAAUGUAUCGAUAGUAAUAUUGUGAAAUGUUUGUUUUUACUUAGAGGGAGUUAGGUUGCGUCAAAUUUUUAGUUCACUUUAAAGUUGAAACUAUAUGACAUGAGUGUGUCAGUGUGUCAAUCUUAUUAUUGUAUCCUGUAAGUCUGAGUGAGACAUCGAAUACGUAUCAUUACGUCAAGUCCGUCGUAUUUCUUGUGUGUAGUGAGUGUGAGUUAGCGUGUUGAUAGGCGACAUAAUGAGUUUGUUACAACUCGUGUGAGUGUGUCACUUUGGGAAUUGAACAGAGAUUAUAACAACACUAUUUAUUGAAUGAGUUGAUUGGAUGAUCUGCAUAAUAUUUAUUGAAAAGAUAGUAAUUCUCUGCACAUGGUUAUAUAAAAUUAUAUAACACAGUAAACGAUAUGUUUUUAACUCAGUAUUAUGAGUAUCACUACACGUAGUCUCUAUCUAUAAGUAUCUUGAAACUUCCUAACUGUAUAAAUGAGAAUAAGUAUGCGAUAAGUCCAAUGUCGUAUUGUAAAACACGUGUGUGUGAGUGAAUCGUAUAGGUGAGUGUAACAGUGUCGGUCAUUGAUCAUCUAUGAGUGUGUCCGUGAUUUUAUGUGUUUGGAAGUGAGUAAAUAUAAUAUAUGCAAAAUGAAACGAAAAUCUCUAAUAUAAUUAUUUGAAAUCAAAAAAAUAUAUAUUAUAUCUAGAAUUUUCGCUUAAAUCACGUGUAAUGUAGCAAGAGAGGCCACAUGAAUGCAGCUUCUAAGUUAUAGUCAAGCACAGGUUAAGUGAACUAGAAAUUUGAAAAACACCACACAGAUGUUACGGAAGAUUGCUUGGGCUGCCUUUUCCUAAAUAGCUUUACGUAGCUUAGCUUACACUUAGGUCUAGAUUAAGCUAGAUACAAUCCAACACGCUAGAUAGUCAACGUGUAAGGCCAAAUUUUUAUAUUCAAACACUUUUAAUACCUAAAGACUCACUUCUCCUCAAUUCUACCUACUAUUUAUCCUAGUUAUACGUAGAUGCCUUACUACAAGUCGGUUCCGUGAGAUUUGAAAAGCAAGAAGCUUAAAUUUGGCUUAUUGCAAAUUUCUAAAUGCAGAUUCAGACAUUGAUAUAAUGCUUAUCAAUUCUCGAUGAACAGACCAUAGACUAGAACAAUUCUACCUUACACCAGUGCCAAUGCAAUAGUAUAUUUAUAUACAAUAAAUAUAUUUCGAUAAUAUAUAUCUGUUCUCUAAGAUUAAAUAGGAUAGUUAAUCAGCUGACGGGUGGUUGGUUGUUUACAGAUUGUUUGACAGUUUUAUAGUCUGGCUAGUAUGGUAUUAUGUUAUCUGUUGUCUGGAUAUGUUUUGUAGUUUAUUGACAGAAAUUGUAUGAAAAUAUAAGGCAAAAAGUGUUGAAUUGACAAUCAGCGACUUCAUCAGCAAGUCGUGAGAUUGCCCUUAGGUCUCGUCUCUCAUUGGUUAAUAUUUUAAAAUCGAAUGUUUUUAAAAGCAUUGACGUACAAUAAAACAAAUAAUAAACUAGACUAAAACAUACCCAAGAACCGUUUAAUAUACAAUACAAACUGAUCAUUAAUGCGACGAGAUAAGGUUUUAAUUUGAACGGCACUUGGGCAUUUAUUGACCAAACUAUUUAUUCUAUGUAUUUAUUACUUAUAUUUCAUUGGAAAUACAAUGAAGUGAAAACGCUAGUAUAUAAACCAUUUGUUCUAUUUGUGAGUCUAAAAUGAUUAUAUUGUGUCAAUGUUUUAACAUCAUAAGGUUAUAUUAUGUUUGAUUUUACGCGAGUAUUAUACAUUUAGAAAUUAAAGACUUUUUAACGGAUUUGAAACGCGAUUUAUUCAUUAUGUUAUUAAUUCCCAUAUUAAUAAAUACAAUAACAGC